CAAUCCAUCCCGGAGAGAAACAGUGGGAGUUAGAUGCCGGUCACAGCAUGUAGAGGAGACAGAGCCGCCGGAUGCCGGAGAGAGAGAGAGAUGCAGUCCGCCCAACAGGGUUGUGCUCCACUCGAUGACGAGCUGCUGUUUUGUGAAGACUGCCGGCUAUAUUUCCGCGAGUCGUGCCCUCACCACGGGUCCCCCACCUUCGUCUCGGACCCCCUGGUGCCCGAGUGCCUGCCCUCCCGUGCCCUCCUCACCCUCCCAGAGGGGCUGGCCAUCAAGGAGCGACCUGAGGGGGGCCUGGGGGUCUGGUGUACCCUCCCUUCCAUCCCUCGCGGAUGCAUCUUUGGACCCUACGAAGGGGAGAUCGUGACAGAGAGGAGCAACUGCACUGUGUACUCCUGGGCGAUCCGAGAGAACGGGUCCUACUAUUAUGUGGACGCAUCUGAUGAAACAAAGGCCAAUUGGAUGAGGUAUGUGGUCUGCGCUUCGAGCGAGGAUGAGCACAACCUGACCGUGUUUCAGUAUCGUCGCAAGAUCUAUUACCGGGCGAGCCAGGCUGUGCAGACCGGGGCUGAGCUCCUGGUGUGGCUCGGGGAAGAGUACGCGAGGACCCUAGGGCUCAAACUGGGCGAACACUUCAAGUACGAGUUCGGGGAGAAGGAGCUCUUGAUGAAGCUGUUCCAGGACCUGCAGAACAAGAUGGCGGACAGCCCAGCGGCUGAGCGGGUGGGAGGCCGAGGAGAGCAGUACAGCUGCAGCGAGCUGGUGGCCUCCAUCAUCCACGCUCACAAGGCCACGCUCCAGGGCGGGGCGGCCUCCCCGAGGGGCCGGGAGGGGCCCAACCCCGGAGGGCUGGAGCCAGCGCCCAACCUGGUGAGCCUGGGCCGGGCCCAGAGCCGGUACUGGACCUUCUUCGGUUUCCACGGCGACUCGCUAGGCCGCAUCCUGGACAAGAGUAAGAUCAUCUGCAAGCUGUGCGGCGUCAGGCUGUCGUACAGCGGCAACACCACCAACCUCAGGCAACACCUCAUCUACAAGCACCGGGCCGAGUACAACCAGCUCGUGGGGGGCUCGGCCCCCUCCACUCAGAAGGGGGGCGAGAGGUACCUUCCCCGCCCGACCGUAGCCUCCGCCAAUGCCCGAGCCCCCGCCCCGGCCCCGGGCCCAGCCCUCGCCCCGCCUGUCGGCCGGACCACCAAAGCCAUCGCCCAGUUCAUAGUCCGUGACUUGCUCCCACUCAGCGCCAUCGAGGGCGAGGGUUUCGUGGAGAUGCUGAGCGUCUUGGAGCCCACCUACAAGGUGCCGGCCGUCCUCUCCUUCGCCCGGGCCGUACUGACCGACAUGCACGCCCAGGGCAAACUCAGGGUGACCGAGAGCCUCAGGGGUCUCCAGCACUGUGCCCUGAGCGUGGACCUGUGGAAGCACGCCUCCGGGAAGUCCUACGUCACGCUGGCGGCCCACCACGUGGACCGGGCCUUCGAUUACAGGAACCAGGUGCUGUCCAGCCGGCCGGCCGGGGAGGGCCCCACCGCCGAGACCGUGAGGGCCGUUCUGGUGGCAAUAGCUGAGGAAUGGGGGGUCCGCGAGCGCACCUCGCACGCCGUGGUGGUCAGCACGGCCGACGCGGAGCUGGCCGCGGCCCAGGCCGGUUGGCGGACUCUCCCCUGCAUCGGGAACGUCCUGCAGAGCUGCGUCGACUCGGCGCUCCAGCAGCCCUCCAUUCUGAAGGUGCUCGGCCGGUGCAAGAGGCUGGCGGAGCGACCCUUUUCUCCCUCCUCCUCCUCCUCCUCGACCAGCGAUGAGCCGACCUCCAGCGAGACGUUGCUCCGGAUCCACUCCAAGAUGUCGCUGGGCAGCGGGAGGCCCAAGUGGACCUGCGUGUACAAGGUUCUCCAGGCACUGUUGGCGAACAGGCAUCUCCUCGAAGGUCUAGGCCGUCAGGAGAGCAACCUGGCUUUGGUGCCCGAAGACUGGCAGGUCAUCGAGGAAAUAGAGGAGCUCCUCAAGCCUCUGGCCAUCGCCACAUCCACCUUCACGCGGGAGCCUUUCUCAGGCUUGUCCCUGGUCAAGCCCGUCAUCACAAGCCUGGUGUACAAGCACCUGGCGCCCAACGACAAGGACUCGGAGUUGGCCCGGGAGGUCAAGAGGGCCAUUUGCGCCGACUUGAACUUGUGGUACUCCAGCAAGGAGGUCAACCAGACCCUCAACCUGGCCUGCGCCCUUGACCCUCGCUUCCGAGGCCUGGAUUUCCUGAGCCAGGCGGAACGAGUGGAGACCCUGCACCUCCUCAAGAGGGAAGCAGCCGAACUGGCCAAGCUCCAGCCGGCCCCGGAGCCCGACCUCCCCGGCUCGGCCUGCCCCGGCCCGGCCAAGAGACCCAAGCAGGACUCGGCCAUCGAGUACCUCCUGGGGGACCUGUGCAACGUGAGGAACGCCUCGGCCAAUUCGGUCAGCCAGCAGGCCGAGCAGGAGAUCAGCAGCUUCCAGACCAGCGAGGCCUCGGCUCUCUGCCAGGACCCGCUGCUGUGGUGGAAGAGCCACCGCACCCAGUACCCGCUGCUCGCCCACGCCGCCCGCAAGCUCCUGGCCGUGCCUGCCACCGCCGCGCCAGCCGCCUGGGUCCUGACGGAGACCGGGGAGCAGGUGUACGCCAAGCGAUCGGCCCUGGACCCCGAGCACGUGGACAUGUUGGUCUUCCUGCACGGCAACGGGAAGGGCUCGUGACUCGAGGGCG